CGUAACUUUGAGAGAACCUUGCCGGAACAUUAGCUAAAGUUCAGAGAACAUUCCAGGGGAUUUUCAUGGCAGCUUCAUGAAGUGUUUGAGGUUUUCAUCAGAUCUCUUUCAGAAUGAGGGAAGUAAGACCCGUCCGUUGAACGUUCUCUGCUAUUGCACGUUUCAUUCAUAUUGCAACGUGUCAGUAUGUGUAGUAACAGCUGGAGCAUAAAAACCUCUGUCUUUGGUGAAUACAGUAGUGUGGAGUUGUGGAGUUGUGCUGCAGUGUUAAAGUUCACAGCUGAUUUAAACGUUUGAGUUGGCACAAUGGGUUUGAACGAGAAUGCACAGACUGUGACUAUGACGUCUCCCUAUCAAGAACAUCAGCCGCACAGGAAUGGAUCAGACACAUGGAAGCUCAAGGAUGAAGAUGAUGAUGGCAAAGUUGUGGUUCAGGUCCACAGUAAAUGGAACAACAUCCUUCUGUCGCUGGUGUGUGUUUUGUUGGGCGUCUCUCUCAUAAUGCUGCUGGACGGCUGUCGCUCCUCCUCUGACUCGUGGGUUUUGCUCGGCUCUGCCGGAUCCAUCUGGGACUGGACGUCUGUGUCCGUGGUGCUGCUGUUCACUGUCCUGCAGGCGGCGCUCUAUCAUCUACCUGUGGGACAGGUGAGUGAAGGCAAGAUGGGCUGUAAUGGAAAGCGUUUAAAAUACAAACUCAACGGUCUGUAUGCGUUCCUGCUGAGCGUGGCUCUGUUCUCGGCGCUGUGGUUCUGUGGCGUCCUGCGGGCCGGCACCAUGACAGACAGGAUCUUCUCUCUGGUCAGCGCUGGCAUGGCCAUCUCUCUGCUGCUCAGCCUGGCGUUGUACCUGUGUCCGAUCCACACACACGCCUCUGCACAGGUGCACUACGACAACACAGCGGAUCCUCUGCUGAAGUUUGCUCUGGGUCAGAAUAUGGAUCCUCGUCUGGGCAUCAUCGACAUCAAACACUUCGUCAUGGUCAGGAUCGGAUUCAUCGGCUGGGCCAUGAUGGAUCUGAAUUAUCUGCUGACCGCGAUAGAGAUGCAGAACUCGCUGUCUCUCUCUCUGCUGCUAGUGAUUGUCUUUCAUCUCAUUUACAUACUGGACUUCCUCAUCGAUGAGGAAUCUGUGCUGACGACCAAAGAGUUCACAGACGAGCCGAUUGGCUUCAUUAUGAUUUUGGGCGAGUUCAUCUGGAUCCCUUUCUUCUCCAGUCUUCCUGUUUACUUCCUUCUUCAGAGGCCCAAUCACAUCCAUUUCCUGUCGGCCGUGCCCAUCUGCCUGCUCUUCGGUAUUGGCUUCCUGAUUUAUUACCUGUCCAACGAGCAGAAAGAUGGCUUCCGCAGAAAUCCAAAUGACCCGGCCUACGCUUGUCUGCACACAAUCCGAAGCCCGACAGGAAGACGUCUUCUGGUUUCUGGAUGGUUCGGAUGGGUUAGACACCCUAACUACCUAGGAGACAUUCUGAUGACGUUUGCCUGGUGUCUCCCCUGCGGGUUCACCAGCGUUCUGCCGUACUUGCCGACACUCCAGUGCUUUAACAUAUUAAGGCAACGAGCCAAUGAGAUCGAAGAUUCAUGUCUGAAGAAGCACGGCGACGCCUGGCGAGAAUAUUGCCGUCGUGUGCCGUACAAACUGGUGCCUUAUGUGUACUGAAGAUCUGAGAUCUCUAAUGUGGAUUUUUUUGUACAUAAACUUCUAUCAAAGCAUG